AGAGAGAGGAGUGAGGAGGUGGUGGGAGAGGAGGAGGGCAAAAUAAAAAGUUAUAAGGCGGCAAAGACGAAGAAGAAUAUCAAAAAUGAAAUGAGAAGAAAAAUGGAGCAGGAGGAGGAAGAGGAGGAAGAGGAGGAAGAGGAACGAAGCGCCAAGAGGAAAAAGAAACAUGGAAGUGCCAAAAAAGAAGAGCGUAGAGGAAAGGUGAAAACGCAGGAGGUGAAGAAGAAAAAGCACAAGAAAGUGGAAACAAGUUCAGAGCAGGAGAUGAGUGAGGAAGAUGACAAUGAAGAAGAAGACAACGAUGAGGAGGACGACAACGAUGAGGAAGAGGACAACGAUGAAGAGGAGGAUGAGGAGGAGAAAGAGGUGAGGCCGGAGACUCUGUCCCCGGAGGAGCUGGAGGAGCUGAAGGAGGCGGUGGACGAGAGGAAGAAGCUGAUCCAGGGUCUGAGGGGAAAGCCGUGGUCAAUGAAGAAGAAACUCGUGACCCUGCGGGAGUCGCAGGAGUUUGUGGAGAAAUACGAGGGAGCGCUGGGGAAAGGGAAAGGCAGGAAGCUUUAUGCGUACAAGGUCAUGAUGGCCAAGAAAUGGAUGAAGUUUAAACGGGACUUUGAAAACUUCAAAACCGCCUGCAUCCCGUGGGAGAUGAAAAUCAAGGAGAUUGAAAGUCAUUUCGGCUCCUCGGUCGCCUCUUACUUCAUCUUCCUGAGGUGGAUGUACGGCAUCAACAUGAUCUUGUUUGGUCUGACCUUUGGCCUGGUUAUGGUGCCAGAGGCAUUAAUGGGGCGGCCCUACGGCAGCAUGCCAAGGAAGACUGUCCCCAGGGCUGAGGAGGGUAGCGCCAUGGACUUUGCCGUCUUAUGGGACUUUGGAGGUUACGCUGAGUAUUCAGUCCUCUUCUACGGUUAUUACAACAACCAGCGUGCCAUUGGUUGGCUCAAGUUUCGUAUGCCUCUGUCUUAUUUUCUGGUCGGUGUGGGAACAGUGGCCUAUAGCUAUAUGGUCGUCAUAAGGACGAUGGCCCGUAAUGCGAAUGAGUCGGGGGUUGGAGAUGAUUACAGCUUUAAUUUCAGCUGGAAAAUGUUCACCAGCUGGGAUUACCUGAUAGGAAACCCGGAAACUGCAGAUAACAAGUUUGCCUCCAUCACCACCAGUUUCAAGGAGGCGAUCUUAGAGGAGCAAGAGAGCCAAAAGGACGACAACAUCCAUCUGACUCGUUUUCUGCGUGUGCUGGCAAACUUCCUGGUCUUGUGUUGCUUAGCGGGGAGUGGAUACCUCAUCUACUUUGUCGUGCGUCGCUCUCAGAAGUUUGCCCUUGAUGGACUGGAGAAUCACACGUGGUGGGAAAGGAAUGAGGUGAACAUGGUCAUGUCAUUGCUGGGGAUGUUCUGCCCCAUGUUGUUUGACGUCAUCAGCGCCCUGGAGAACUACCACCCUCGCGUCGCCCUGCAGUGGCAGCUGGGUCGCAUCUUUGCCCUUUUCCUGGGAAACCUCUACACCUUCAUCAUUGCGCUCAUGGACGAGAUCAACCUUAAAAGAGAAGAGGAGAAGAUAAUAAAGUUUAAUAUAACCACGUGGGAAGCCAGUCUUUACAAUGGUACACUAUCAGAAAACAGCACCGGUCCACCCAUCACCAUCCAUCCUGCUGAUGUGCCCAGAGGGCCCUGCUGGGAGACCAUGGUGGGGCAGGAGUUCGUCCGGCUGAUCAUAUCUGAUACCAUGACAACCUACAUCACACUGCUGAUUGGUGAUUUCCUGAGAGCCGUGCUUGUUCGUUUUCUCAACUACUGCUGGUGUUGGGACCUCGAGGCCGGAUUUCCGUCCUACUCAGAGUUUGAUGUCAGUGGGAAUGUGCUGGGCCUCAUCUUCAAUCAAGGAAUGAUAUGGAUGGGUGCUUUCUACGCCCCCUGCCUGCCCGCCCUGAACGUCCUCCGCCUCCACGUGUCCAUGUACCUGCAGUGUUGGGCCGUGAUGUGUUGUAAUGUGCCGCAGGAAAGGGUCUUCAAGGCCUCUGGCUCCAACAACUUCUACAUGGCCAUGCUGCUGGUCAUCCUCUUCCUUUCCACUCUGCCCGCCAUCUACACCAUCGUCACCAUCCCCCCUUCAUUUGACUGUGGACCAUUCAGUGGGAAGAAACGGAUGUUUGACGUGAUCCAGGAGACGCUGGAGUCGGACUUCCCUGCCUGGUUCAGUAGAGUGUUCAGCUAUGCCUCCAACCCUGGACUGGUCCUACCCUUCAUACUUCUGAUGGUACUGGCCAUUUAUUACUUACAAUCCACGUCCAAAAGCUACAAAGAGGCUAAUGUGGAGCUGAAGAAAAAACUGCAAACGCAAAACGAGGAGAACAAGAAGAAGAACAAGCGAGCGGCGUUGAAGGCGCAAAUGGAUCUCGAGGAGGCCAGAAAAGCUGCAUCACAGACUACAGAGCAACAGAACAACAACAAUGCUUCACCGCAAGACCACGAGGCAGAUGAGGAAGAAAGCCAGAGCAGCAGUGGUGAGAGGAUGUAUCAUGGUAAGAACGGACACAACCCUCCUCCUCCUCCUCUUCCAUCACUCGUUAGAAACCAAGAACUUCCAGCUACCAGAGCCCCCGUUCCCAGGAUCUAUCACCAUGGAAACCACGGGGCUCAAGGGUACCUGCCCGGUUUCCCGCGACAAAGUGAACCCAGGAUUUACAGGGUGCCGAGCCUGCAGAGGCACUGAGGGAGUCAGAAAACCAUUGUACAUAUUACAUGCACUUUAUCGUGACUGUACCGAGAGCAAUGAGAAGCACGUCUCCUCCUGAUUAAAAGUGUUUUUUUUAAACUGUAUUCACGACAAACGUAAGCUGUAGACAUUUCAAAUUAGUACUCGUCACUUUGUUUACUAAAUAAAU